AUGGUGAACGGUAUCUCCAGUGAAAUUCUAAAUUCGUGGUUACUCGCUUGUCAUCACUUUCCAUACAUUCAUGCGUUAGGUUUAGCGAUUGAUGCAGGAAUCCUCUCGUUCGUACUCCCGAUAGCUUCAUCGGAAAUCGUACAUAUCUUAGCCGUUGAUGAUAAAUGUAUACCUAUAACCGUUGUCGAGGCAGUACUAGUCGUGGGGGCUACGGCCACCGAACACCGCUCGCUCCCGAUCGAGGAACGCCUCCGCGUGUCGGGGGGGGGGGGGGGAGUGCGGACGGCGCUUCCUCCACCGGGAGCGGUGGUCUAUCCACUUGAAUGUGCUAGUUUUAUUGAGAAAAUAACAGUGAGCCUUGUGUAA